AUGCACGACCCGUCGGAGAUCCGCAACCUCCCCAUCGACAUCGCCUUUGGCCGCCUCCAGGAGUGGCUCGUCGACCGCAAGCGAGUGCCGCACGACUGGCGGAAGCGCCUCGCCGGCCUUCGCGCCCGCGUCGCCGCCGCCUUCGCCGCCCUGCCGCGGGACCUGCACCCCUCGCUCCUCUCCCUCGACCCCGAAGAAAUUGGGUACCUUGAAGCGAAGAAGAUAUAUGGCAUUCUUCUUGACUCCAACACCGAGAGUCGCAACAUAUUUGGCCGCCUGACGGGAUCCGCGGGUGAAUGGGAGUCCAUUAUUAAAGCUUACGAGAAGGACCAUGUCUUCCUUGGAGAGGCAGCACAGAUCAUGGUUCAAAAUGUUAACUAUGACAUUCCAUAUCAGAGGAAGCAGAUGCAGAAGACUCAGCAGCAGCUUGCAGAGCUUGAUCGAAGGGAGGCUGACAUCAAGCGUCUUGCAGCAUUGUCAGCUACUAGAUAUGUAGAAGCUUGCCAGGAACUCGGUUUGCAGGGAAUUAAUGUGAGGGAAGAACUAAUAGAGUCUGCAAAAACACUUCCAUCUACUUUUAGCAAAAUCUUGGAGGUCCUGAACAGUGAUGCUGUCUCAAAUGCCAUGGAGUACUACACAAUUUUUGUUAAGGACUGCCAUACUGAGGACAAGGGAAAUUGUGUUUCUGUGCUACACAAGCUGAAAGAGUUGCAGGCCAACCCUCCUUCUUUGCAUGUCUCGGUAUAUAAUGAGAUCAAACGUUCUCUUGGAGAGGCACCGAAAUCUCAUGGGUUUGUGAGCGCAGGACAAAUUGACUCAAAUGUUGCUGCUGAUGAUAUUGAUUGGGACAUUUCUGUGGACGCUAAUGAAAUUGAUUGGGACAUUGGUGCUGUGGAACAGCCUGUUGAAGAAUCUGGCAAUGGUUUUGGAUCAUAUGAAAUUAUUGACGCUAAUAUAGAGCUGGCCGGUUCUGAAAAUUAUAAUGUUAGUGUCUCAGACAAAUCCUUGAACCAAGAAGAUCUUCCAUCAUCUGAGUCUGGUAUUUGCUGGGACAUCACUGCUGAUAGUUCUGAAGAAAUUGCUAGUAUACAGAAUGCUCCAUCUGAAUUAGAGCAACCGCAGUCUCAAAUGGUAACUGAAGAUAGAAGUCGGUUGUUGGAAAAGGAAUAUAGGAAUGACAUUCUGGAUGAUUUACUUGAGGUAAAAUCAUUUUUGACUCAACGCUUAGGGGAGAUCAGGAAUGCAGAUACAUCAUCUCUACAGCAUCAAGUGCUAGCUGUCUCACCUUUUGUUCUCCAGCAGCACGCUCCUGAUAGUUUGGAGAAUAUGCUUGUAGAGGUUUCUUCAGCAAUCUCAUUGCUAACUAAUCAGAAGACUCUUGACCUUAUAAUGAUCCUUAAUUCUAAAAGGUUUCUGGACAGAUUAGUGUCAACCUUAGAAGAGAAAAAGCAUCAUGAGGUUAAAUUACAGGAAGGUUUAGGUGAUUUAUCUGUUAAGCGUAUGGAGCUGCAAAACGCACUGUCAUCAUCAUGGCCAAAGCAAGAGGCAGCAAUUACAAAAACAAGGGAACUAAAGAAGCUGUGUGAGUCAACACUAUCGUCUGUUUUUGAUGGAAGGCCAGUGCAUAUAAUUGGAGAGAUCAAUACUUUACUGAGCUCAAGUGUUAGUCAAUUAGCUGUAUGA